CUAGCGGGAAACUUAACAACGACCUUGUGCAACUUUGAGAUAAUGCAUGUAUGGAUAAUGUAAAGGUCGUUUAAUUUCAUAGUGAAAUGAUAUAACAUCAAUGUAUAAUAAUGCCCAUAUCAGUGUUUUAGUGAGUAGUGAAAUACACACAUAAAGAACAGCACUGUGUUAAGUCUAUAUCCCACAAUGCAUCCCAGCAAGUUUGCGCGGGAAAUUUCGUUCAUCAACAUGGACACGGCUGUGAAAGGUUGUCCGAAAAUUUGCUCUCCCUUUUCGUCUCCCGAUAGAGGAUUUCCUACCGGAAUGAUUCCACAAUAUCCACAUGGAAGCCCUGCAUUGAAGGACAGCUCGUUGUAUCCGUGGAAUUGGAGCAUAGGGGCACAAAACAUCACACUGAGCCCAGGACCAUACCAAUCCGGCGGCAGCGACAAUUCGGAGAGCAAGCAUACGACACCAGGCAGACGCGGGAGACCCAGAGCGGAUAGCAUUUCAUCCCUGAUCUUUGAAGGAAACGUUUCUCCAAGUAAUAUAAGGUGCAAGAUAUGUCACAGAGUGUUUCCCAGAGAGAAGUCUCUUCAAGCACAUCUUAGAACCCACACUGGAGAAAAGCCGUAUAAAUGUGAUUACCCCGGUUGCACCCGCGCUUUCACACAGAGCGGGCAGCUAAAGACUCAUCAGCGUUUGCAUACAGGAGAGAAACCAUUCGUGUGUACUAUUUCAGGUUGUGAAAUAAGAUUUGCACACGCCAACAGACACUGCCCUAAGCAUCCCGCAGCAUCAUUAAAGCGAGACACAGCUGUCGCUCUUCCUUUGCAACCAGUUGUCGGAAACGAAGAACAGGAUGAUGAUGCUAUUUCUCAGUGGCUCACUAGGUAUGAAAGAAAGCGAGAGAAAAAUGCAGCUGAAAACACAAAAGAAAACCAGGCAAAACGGAGCCUGGAAUCACAGGUAAAUUCUGAUGGUAGCAAGCAGAAGCGGAGACGAACGCGACUCGAAUCAGAAUCCGAAAGCAACGCCACGGAUCUAGCAAAGCCACUGGACGAAGAACCCAUCUCGAAUACGACGAACGCCACGCUGACAACCAUUGAAAACGCGCAGGCAAACAAGCAGCCAAUGUGGGGUAGCAUCGCACAGCAGAUUCCCAGGAAGUCGACGGAAAUGAAUCGCGACAGAAAUCCUGGUGAAACCCAGUUUUACGCUUCUGCGGCUCACGGCAACAGCGACGAGGAGAACACACCGGGCAGUCCGCUCCCGCAGGCGACGGCACACGCCUCGGAUGCGGAGUGCGAAGAGAAGCUGAGUCGCGGUCUAGCGGAGACGGGAGCGAUGCUGUCGUCAGUGCUGCAGCAGCAGAGCAUUGCCGCGCACGAUCAGCCGUUUGCGCACGACUCGGCAGCGCUCCAGCGCAAGCCGAUGAGUGACAACACGAACGUCUCGAGCACGUAUCCGCCGCCCUGCGGCGUCAUCUGCGAGACGCCGACUCGCAGACGAGUCCGUGGCCUCGCCUCGAAGGGUCCGAACUCCGCACUCUCUCCCGCGCUGAGGCGUAACUGCCAGCAGUGUCCGGUCAUCACGACGACGUGCGCCGAAACUCCAUUGCGGCAAACCGAGGCUGACUUUUGUUCGUCGGGUGUCCGGCAAACUGCAAAUUUGUUUCCCGGCGAGGGCGACGCUUCGCUCGGACACCCGGUCACGCCCCAGCAACCGUUUGGCCGAGGUGGCAGGCAGCAGACGCCGCGGUCCUGCUCUUAUCGCCGCGAAAUCUUGCCGGACACACCUCGCCGUGACGCGUCGGAGAGUAAGGUGACGACGCUGCAAGCGAGCUCGCAUCCGAUGCUCUACAUAUCGUAUCCAGCAUAUCUGUCUUCGAACCAGGCUGUCGCUUCCCAGCCUGUUCCGACGCGCAUGUUCCCGCAUCUUCCAUCCACGCCUGACCAUACUCCCCAGAGCCUUGCAAGUUUGUUGCCUGGCAUUCCCUGCUCGGCCACGCCUCCAUUUCAACUAGACAAUGCUGCACCUGUGGUGUCUUUGCCCACAAUGCCCCGUUCGCAGGUUAGCGUUGACGUCUCCCACCACCACCCUGUGUCGUUGAAUACCGACAACCACAGCAUUCCCAUACCACGUGCUUCAGCGAACGCAACUCAGUGCGCCGUAACGCCAAAGCGCAGUCUGGCAAUGUCUGAUGAUGCAUGCCUCCCUCUCCGAAAGAGAAAGCUGCCAAGGAAGGAGCACAAGGAAAAGUGGAUGGCUGCCAUGGCACUGAUGGAGAUUGCUGGUCUGGAGUAGAACUUUGUAAAAAUUAUCGCAAUCUUUUGCUGCAUUUCAACGGUGCAGUGACCAUAUUGCUUUAUGUAAAUUGUACUUAAAUUAAACCCAACUUGAAUUGUAAAUUACUAUUAUCUAAGGCUAGAAUUAUUCGAUUUAUAUCGGCUACGCGUAUAAAUGUAGUAAAAUACUGUUCUCUAUAGAUAUUUUGCCCUCGUCCUAUCUAAACAUUUUUAAUGUGAAAAUGUUUUUCUGUUUUCUAAAGAUGAAGAUAGAGCUCGUGUAGUAGGAGACCUGUGAUUUCCUUGGCUUUAUUUUAAUACAGUAUGUAACAUUAAUUAUCAUAUUUUAUCACAAUGAUUAUUGUUUGAUUUGAUUUUUAAUCAGUGUUCUCGCUUGUGAAUAAUUGUCUCGAUUUUCUUUGAUGUGGCCUUCUAAUACAUAUGUUCCAAUGUUAGUAACAAGUAUAUUUACAAUAGUAGAUUAUGUUUUUAUAAUUUUAGAUAAGGUGCAUGUAGCCAAUACUUUUGUAGAUUACUUGUGUCAUAUAUUUAUCGUAUCGUCAUAUUUAUAACCUUUUAUUUUGUUACAAAAUGGUAUGUAUGAAUAGAGACGGCCAUAGAGUAUAUACAUCAUGUGUGUUUAGAUAUUGUUCAGUAUAGUUCAGUCCAAGCAAAAUCGACCUAAUGAAAGUCACAGGUAAAAUUUAUUACUUGAUAUUAUGGAUUUCCUGACAGUCUAUUAAUUUAUAUUCCCAUCAUAUUCACAUGUUGAUCCUAAAUUUGUGUACUGGGUUACUAACACUGUUAGUAUCGUUACCAGAUAUUUGUACAAUACUUACUGCUACUGUUUUAUUAUUGUAGUUCAAUUGUAUAAUAAAGAGUUCUAUAAUGA